UUAAAAAUUCGGAAAAUAGUUGAAACUCAAGAAAAACACCGUAGAAAGGAUGUUAACGCUUCUGCGGACGUUGGCUCCUUGCGGUGUUGAGAGUUUAGGGUCACUUUCACUCUCAGCAUUGGGGCACAGUGCAUGCGACCACCCGGCCAGCCUGCCCUAAGUUGCCAUGGCCACAGUCACCCCUGGCGACUGCCCUCACGCCACAGACCGAGCCAGGGUGAGGAGGAGGAGGGUGGAGGGCAAAGGGAGGAAGAACUUUCCAUGCCAGCUGUGUGAGAAAGCCUUCAACAGCGUGGAGAAGCUCAAGGUGCACUCGUACUCACACACUGGCGAGAGACCGUACAGCUGCACUCACACCGACUGCACCAAGGCCUUUGUCUCCAAGUACAAACUCUUACGGUAGGAUGGCACACACUCGCCAGAGAUAGACCACAAGUGCACUUACUGUGAGAUGUUCCACCGCAAGGACCACCUGAGAAACCACCUACACACGCAUGACCCCAACAAGGGAGGGCCCUUCACCUGCGACGAGUGUGGCAAGAGCUACAACACCAAAGCUGGGCUUCAAGCGCCAUUUGCCCUGCAUGCGGCACAGCGGGACUUGACCUGCCAGGUGUGCCUCCAGCCGUACCCCAACACUGCCCUGCUACUGGAGCACCUGCGCGGCCACGCCGGCAAGAGCUCCUCCGCUGCCAAGGAGAAGCGGCACCAGUGUGAGCACUGCGAGCGCCGCUUCUACACGCGCAAGGACGUGCGCCGCCACAUGGUGGUGCACACGGGUCGCAAGGUCCUGUGCCAGUACUGCGCCCAGCGCUUCGGCCGCAAGGACCACCUGACACGCCACGUGAAGAAGAGCCACGCCCCCGAGCUGCUGCUGGCCGUCAAGGCCGAGCCGGUGGAGCUGGAGCCAAUCUUGUCUCUCCUCAGCGGUGGUUUGUUUUGGCCCCUCCCCCCACUGUCGCUGCGCUACCCGUUGGGCCCGCCUCCUACUCGCCUUCCUCCGCCCCUGAGGGCGGAGCUAGAGACCUACCUGCUGGAGCUGCAGGCACAACCCUUGCCCAAGAUCAGCAGCGCUGCCGCGGCGACCAGUGAUACAUUUGGCUCUUCCUCGCUGGAGUUCUCACAGCUCUUCAAUUUCCUGCCUCUCAACGGCCCCUGCUACAGCCAGGCAGCUGGGUCAGCGCUUGGGCUCUCCUACCAGCAGAGGAGGGGCUGUCUGGCUCCACCCAUCUCCCAGGAUCCCACAGCGGAGCCUGUCGGUCCCCUACACACACUCUCCUCUACUUACACCCCGGGUCUCAGCACACAUGCACAUACACACUCGGCCAGCCUUAGCACAACCACCACCCCUCGCUUCCACCAGGCUUUCCAGUAA